AUGAGGCCUGUAGAGAAUGAACAACAAGGAAAGGCAUCGCUGCUUCGGCGGCUUCAGAGCACAUUAGUCAUAGCGGAACACAACAAUGAGACUCUCACGCCCGUUACACUGAACACUAUCACGGCGGCAAAACGUCUCGGAGGGGAAGUUUCUUGCUUGGUAGCUGGUACCAGCUGUGACAAGGUAGCACAAGAAGUGAGCAAAGUGCAGGGUGUUGCAAAAGUUCUAGUGGCUCAACACGAUGCAUACAAAGGAUUUCUAGCAGAGGAGCUGACUCCCUUGGUUUUGGAAGCUCAGAAACAAUUUAAUUAUACGCACAUUUGUGCUGGAGCCUCUUCCUUUGGGAAGAAUCUUAUUCCCAGAGUGGCAGCUAAACUUGAUGUUGCCCCUGUUUCUGACAUUAUUGAAAUUAAGUCGCCAGACACUUUUGUGCGAACUAUCUAUGCGGGAAAUAUACUUUGCACUGUACAAUGUGAAGAAAAGAUAAAAGUAUUUUCUGUACGAGGAACUUCUUUUGAGGCUGCACCAGUAAGCGGAGGUAGUGCCAGUGUAGAAAAGGUAACCCCUCCGCCGCCUGUCGGUAUAUCGGAAUGGCUUGAGCAGCAGUUGACAAAAAGCGACCGACCAGAGCUUACUAGUGCAAAAGUGGUUGUCUCAGGUGGUUUUUGUUUAAAGAGUGGUGAAAAUUUUAAGUUGCUAUACGAUCUUGCGGAUCAGUUGAAUGCUGCAGUUGGAGCUUCCCGUGCAGCUGUCGAUGCUGGCUUCGUUCCUAAUGACUUGCAAGUUGGACAGACGGGCAAAAUAGUAGCACCAGAACUUUAUAUUGCUGUGGGAAUAUCUGGAGCCAUCCAACACUUGGCUGGGAUGAAAGACAGCAAGACCAUCGUUGCUAUUAACAAGGACCCGGAGGCUCCCAUUUUCCAAGUGGCAGACUUUGGCCUGGUGGCAGACUUGUUUAAGGUAGUGCCCGAGAUGACCGAGCUCCUCAAGAAGAAGUGA